AACUCCGCCCACUUCUCCUCGAGCCUCGGCGUUGUUUGGGGACCGUCAGUCAGUCGGUCGGUCGGUGGGAGGAAGAUGGCGGCGGCUCCGCUGUAUUGUGUCUGCCGGCAGCCGUACGACGUGAGCCGGUUUAUGAUCGAGUGCGACAUUUGUAACGACUGGUUUCACGGCAGCUGUGUUCAAGUCGAAGAACAUCAUGCAGUGGACAUCGACGUUUAUCACUGCCCUAACUGUGAAGUUCCACACGGACCCUCCCUGAUGAAGAAGCGAAAGAAUUGGCACAGGCACGACUACACGGAGCCGGACGACGACAGCAAGCCCGUGCAGGCCGGGACCCUGGUGUUCGUGCGCCAGCUGCAGGCCAGGACCUUCGCCAGCGCUCAUGAGGUUUUGAUGAAGAUGCACGGGACUCAGGUGACGCAGCGCUACCUGGAGAGACACGGCUUCCGUUACCCCAUCGCAGUGCCUCAGAAAGAUGGGCUCGGGCUCCAGCUUCCCUCUUCAGACUUCUCUGUCAAUGAUGUGGAACGAUACGUUGGCGGUGACAAAGUGAUAGACGUGAUCGACGUCGCGAGGCAAGCCGACAGCAAGAUGAAGCUGAAAGAGUUUGUCAAGUAUUACUGCGGCCGCCAACGACCCAAAGUGCUCAACGUCAUCAGCCUCGAGUUCUCCGACACCAGGAUGUCCGAGCUAGUGGUGGUCCCUGACAUUGCCCAGAAGAUGUCCUGGGUGGAGAACUACUGGCCUGAUGACUCGUACUUCCCCAAACCCUUCGUACAGAAGUACUGCCUCAUGGGGGUGAAGGGCAGCUACACGGAUUUCCACAUAGACUUCGGGGGCACGUCCGUGUGGUACCACGUGCUCUGGGGGGAGAAAAUAUUUUACCUGAUCAAGCCUACUCCAAACAACCUGGCUCUGUAUGAGGAGUGGAGCUCAUCACACAACCAGAGUGAGGUGUUCUUCGGUGAGAAAGUGGACAAGUGCUACAAGUGCGUCGUCCGGCCGGGGACCACCCUGUUCAUCCCAACAGGAUGGAUCCAUGCAGUUCUGACCUCGGAGGACUGCAUGGCCUUCGGAGGGAACUUUCUUCAUAACCUUAACAUCGGCAUGCAGCUCAGGUGUUAUGAGAUGGAGAGGCGACUAAAGACUCCAGACCUCUUUAAGUUUCCUUAUUUUGAAGCUAUAUGCUGGUAUGUGGCCAAGAACCUGCUGGAGACCCUCAAAGAGCUGCGAGAAGAUAAUUGUCUGCCUCCUAAUUACUUGGCUAAAGGAGUAAAAGCUUUAAUUAGCGCACUGAAGACCUGGCUGAGGAGAGAGGUCACUGAGCCUGCCAGCGAAGUCCCCGAUCAUAUCAGACCCAACCAUCUCAUUAAGGAGCUCGCCAAGGAAAUACGGCACUUAGAGGACGAUGAGAACGGAAACGGUGGGAACAAGCCUAUGAGAUCUCAGGGAAGUUUAGCGUGUCCUACCACCAGGUCGUCUCACGAGAGAAUCUCCCAGAAGCGCAAGAACGCCAGACGGCUCCGGCAUCACACUGAGCACCACCACCAUCACUCUCACGUGCCCAAAGCUCCAUCUAACCUGGACAUCUUUGAGCAGCACACGCAGGAGGUCCUGAAGAGGCUGGAGUUGAGGCCCUUUGAGGAAGAUGCCUCCGUCAGCCUGAAGGUCAAGUUCAACAAGGUGUCCACAGCCUCCGCUGCAGCAGCUGAGAGCAAGCUGGACAACCAAAUGCGUCUGGUGAUGUCCAACGGCCGCAUUAUCAGAGACAACAGGUGGCACGUAUGGAAAAAGAACCUGGCUGCCAAAGAGGAACCGGAGGAUCAGAAGAGGUGCACGUUAAAGAUGAAGGGUGUGGUGAAAGAGGAGGAAGAGGAGAUGAAGGUGGUGAUGAAGGAGAAGCAGAGCUGCAUAGCAGGUCACAGGAAUCCCAGCCCUCUUGGAGAGCCGUGUCAGAGUGAGAGCUCAGAUCUAAGGAACGGUGACGCAGGACACGCCGACGCCUCGACAGACUCCGAGUCAGAGCAACGCUACACUACACAGAAGCAGCUGCCAUCAGAACACUCUGAGAGCUCGUCAAGCGACGAGGACGAAGAGCAGGAGGAGGAAGUGGUAAGAAAGAUGGUUUCACCCCAGAGUACAACACACAAGUACAACUCCAGCAGCGCAGCAGAUCCCACCCACCCACACCAGCCCCUCGGACACCACAACAAACCCUGGCAAAGAGACCCUUCUACCUCACCAAGCGCAGAGGAGGACGCUAUCCAGGGCAUGCUGUGUAUGGCAGGGCUGCUGUACCCUUAUCCGUCAGAGGAGGGCGCCAGCUCACAGGAGUCCUGGUGGUCCAGUCAUCCUUCCCCUGAUUACACCGGAAAGGAAGCUGCGUCUGGAGAGGAGAACCCUGAUUCAGACAGUAACUCCACAAUCAGCAGUCAGGACGAGCGGCAGGCGCCGGAGCACCACGGCAGGGAGAACCGGACCGAGCGGAACCAGAGGUUACAGGUUAAGCAUCGCUUCAUGGACAGUCAGGGCAGUGGGAACAGCAGCAGCAGCAGCAGCAGCGAGGCCUGGGGCAGCCACACACACUCACCUCAGGGUGAGGAAAGCCUCGAGUCGCGCUAUCAGUACUGCGAGACGCCACUUUCCCCGAUCCUGCACCCAACCAAAAGACCUGCUACAAACCCCCCACCCAUCAGCAACCAGGCCACCAAAGGGAAACGGCCGAAGAAAGGCAUGGCCACGGCCAAACAAAGACUGGGAAAAAUUCUCAAGCUCAACAGACAUAAAACGUUCUUCGUAUAGCGGAGAGAGAGAGAGAGAGACAGAGAGAGAGAGAGACAGAGAUGGAGAGAGAGACGGAGGUUUUUAAGUCACAGACCCGUGUGCUGUGAGGAUAAACAGGGUAUUUCAAGCACAGUUUUUAAACACUGAACAUGUCGGAGGUAUGAUGACGGCUGAUGAGCGGGUGGACUUUGUUUCAGCUUUAUUUUUUUUACUUAAACGUAUCACAAGCAUUUCCCAGAACCGGAGCCGAGGUCAUGUCGACGAUGAGGAACGUCCCUUUAAGGCUCCUCUCCGGGCGAUGGCGGCGCUCACCCGAGUGCGAUGAACCGAUUUUCUAAAAUGGUGCUUGACUUGCGUCAGGGAGGUCUGAGACUCGACCCUCGACUUUCUCUUUCCUCCGUCUCCUCGGCUUCUAAAAUCUUCCCUGUUCAGACCACCCUGAUCUCUUCAGCUCCUCUCCGAGCAGGGAUGCCAAGGCGGCUUCAAUCAGCCAAUCAGGUUCUCACGUAUUUGUUUUUUUUUUGUUUUUUUUUAUUUUAUAAAAGGAAAAGGUAUUUUUCUGGAGAAUUUUUUUUUUUACACCUACUGAUUCCAUAAUUAGUCAGUAAUAAGCUUUCUGGCGCCCCCUCGUGGCGGCUGGAGAUAAAAUCACAAGGAACAAGUUUCGGCAGGUGAUUACGGGGACGUUUAAGAGAUUUCCCACCUAAUUUAUUACAAUUUGUAAACAAUUUGUUCUUUCUGUUUGUUCGUUUGGUUUUGUUUGACUUACCACUUUGUUUGACUUUUCCUAUUGCUUGUUAAAUGGUGUAUUUAUUAUUGCGUGAACGAUCGUUUUAUUCCGAUGUGAAAUGCCGUUCGAGUUUUCUACAGGAGCGAUGACGCGGAUGUCGCAGCAGCGUGGCUAAAGUCUCGUGAACUACGGCUUCAUCAAAUUUCUCUUCAGACUGUAAGCUUCGGAAACAGAAAAUUAUCCUAGAGCUGCGUAAGAGAGAACGUUCUCUAAAAAUAAAAUGUCACAUUUCGGGGAGUGACGAUCCUGUAGCUACGCUCAUAAUGCAGACUUCUAGUUCAGGACGUGGCACAGCAUACCCAGGGGUGCCAAUAAUUACGCUUCAGCUGUCAAACUUCUGCAGAGAAAUACUUUCAUCGUUCUUUAUGAUGGUAUAACUCAGAGGUCACUGUUAGGCCCCAGAAUUGGUUACCAUGGUGAUUCAGAGGCACUUCGCAACGUAACCGUUCAUGGAACAGAGAAACGUCACAAUGCUUUAAGACAAAUAUUUAGAGAAUAAAGCUUUCUCCAGGUUCAGUUGUGGCUAAAAACGUGCCAUUUGAAGCUCCACCAUGUUGCUUAGAACAUAAUACUGUUCUCUAAUUAUAGUUUCUUGACAGAAGUUUUGGCACCCAAGCGUAUGUUCUGGGCGGUGUGAUUCAGCUCCAAUUAUUAAAGCUACUUAACAACGCUCGCUCAUUUUCUCCGCUCUCUACAGUCAGAGCUUUGUUGCCUCUCCAGUCAACAGAGUCUGAACCGGUGCUGAAUAUUAUACAAAAAAAGGAGAAGAAGAAGAAGAAGACUAGCUUUUUUUUUUAUUGGUGUAUAAAUGCAGGGAGAUCUUUGAUGCUUUUGACAUCGAGUUGAAUUUGGCUCCUCAUCUUUUUACACAGAAUCGAAAGAGUAUUUAUUUUUCUACGUCCGAAUUUGUGCGAGGAGAAAAAAACACAACACUGCAACCAACAACGUGUGGAUUUUGUUUGAAAGCUUGCGUGACGUGUGUGUGUGUGUGUGUGUGUGUGUGUGUGUGUGUGUGUGUUUCCAUACAAUCUGAACAAACUCGGGUAAUUGUCAGGUUAAAGCUCAAGGCCCCUUUUUCUCGAAUGCCAAAUAAGGUCGCCGAGUCCAUUUCUGCUGUAAAGCUCUGCUCUGCCCCGACACCGUCUCAGAGACUCGAGUCAGCGUGUCUUCUGUCUGCGUUCAACACAAACCGUCCUCCAAUUCAACCGUCUUCGUUUGAUCAGUAUUCAUCAGGGGGGAAAAAACCAAAACACUUCUUCUCCAGGCAAUAAGACAAGCUUCCAGGCUCAGGGCUUAUGUGACUGUUUUUAAACAGUGCAGCUUUUGAGAUUUUGAGCACAAAGCGGUCGGAUCUCAGAGGCGAGAUCUCGAAAACGACGCAAGGGAUUCCCUCCAGGACGGAGUCUCUCAAGUCAUCGAGCAUGCUCGUCAACAAUCCUUUAUUUAUUACGGUGCUAAUUUGUCCGAUCAGUACUCCAGCCAAAGUGUGUGUGUUUCCUGUACUGUUGGGAUGAGGAUUUGUUUGACAGUAUGCAUGAACUUUGAAUCGUUUCCUCUAACACGCUACCGAGCACUACACACACCCACCUUCCUCUUCACGUACUUCCUGUCACGUCCGUAACAUUACCAUAAUCAUCAUCAUGCAGUACUUUUGCUUGUACAGUAUUUAUUCAUCGUUCUCUUUUAUUUUUCAAUAUCCUUUUGUUCUACUCAGUUUUAUGCCGAAUAAAAGGUUUGUUGGUUCCUUCGUUAGUUUUGAUACCGAAAAGUUUUUUUUUUGUUGUUGUUGUUUAUUUAAAUUUUGUUUGUCGAAUCGUUUGUCACACUGUAAGAAGUCGGGUUGGAGUUUUCAAGAUGUUUCAGUCGUACAAUGUGGCCUGUACAUAUUAAAAGAUUUAUGAGUGAA